UUGUUGGUCCGAAAAAAAACUCGCUUUCACCGAGAGCUCCUGCAGCCUUGAGACGAAGGGAGGAGUACGAACAGACUUUCCGCAUCAACUUUCUCACCGACAAAGCUCUUCGAAAAACACUUCAGCAAUGGCGGAGGCCCACCAGGCGGUGGCGUUCCAGUUCACCAUAACACCUGAAGGAAUCGACCUGCAGCUGUCCUAUCAGGCCCUGAACCAGAUCUACCUGUCAGGAGUGCGAUCGUGGAAGAAGCGAGUGAGCCGCAUGAGGAACAGAGUGAUCAAGGGUGUGUAUCCUGCCAGCCCCUCCUCCUGGCUCAUUGUCGUCAUAGCGAUCCUGGCCACCAUGUACAUGCGCUCUGAUCCCAGCAUGGGGCUCAUCACCAAGAUAAAGCAACACCUGCCACUGAGCCUCCACGUGUCCCUCAGUGCCCAGGGUCAGACGAUGUUGUCGGCCCUCGUCUUCAGUACUCUACUGUGGCUCUCCCUCAUCCUCGCGCUCAGGUUCUGCCUCAAGCUGCUGCUCUCUUACCAUCAGUGGAUGUUCGAGCAGCACGGCCGGAUUUCCAACAUCACCAAAGUCUGGGUGACUCUGUUGAGAUUAUUAUCAAGCAGGAAGCCUCUGCUGUACAGCUAUCAGACGUCUCUGCCUCACCUGCCUGUUCCUGCCAUCAAAGACACUCUGAGCAGGUACCUUUUGUCCGUGCGCCCACUGAUGGCUGACCCGGACUAUAAACAAAUGACUGAACUGGCCAAUCACUUUGAGUCUAACCUUGGAAACCGCCUGCAGCGCUACCUGAAGCUGAAAGCUCUGUGGGCCACCAACUAUGUGAGUGACUGGUGGGAGGAAUACAUCUACCUGAGGGGCAGAGGUCCCAUAAUGGUCAACAGUAACUACUAUGGCAUGGACUUUCUGUAUGUGACCCCAACCCCAGUGCAGGCGGCAAGAGCAGGAAACACCAUCACUGCCCUGCUGCUCUAUCGCCGCAAGGUCAACAGGGAGGAACUCAAACCGAGCCGUGUUCCAGGUACUGUUAUCCCCCUGUGUGCUGCCCAGUGUGAGAGGAUGUUCAACACAACACGCACACCGGGAGUUGAGACCGAUGUGCUUCAGCACUGGCAGGACAGCGAGUUUGUGGCAGUGUACAACAAGGGACGCUUUUUCCGCCUGUGGGUGUACCGGGCAGGCCGGCUGCUGUCACCCAGGGAGAUCGAAUACCAGAUCCAGAGGAUCCUGGAUGACCCUUCACCCCCUCAGCCCGGAGAGGAGAAGCUGGGGGCUCUCACUGCUGGAGAAAGGGUCCCCUGGUCUCAUACGAGGAAAGAGUACUUCAGCUCGGGUAUCAACAAGCGAUCGCUGGAUGCCAUCGAGAGAGCAGCUUUCUUCGUGACUUUGGACGAUGAGGAACAAGGCAUGAGAGGAGAGGACCCCGCGGGAAACUUGGACCGCUACGCUAAGUCUUUGCUCCACGGGAAAUGUUAUGAUAGAUGGUUUGAUAAAUCCUUCUCCAUUGUGAUCUACAAGAACGGGAAGAGCGGACUGAAUGCAGAGCACUCCUGGGCUGAUGCACCCACAGUGGCUCACCUUUGGGAGUACACCCUGGCCACAGACGCCUUCCAGCUGGGCUACACCGAGGACGGCCACUGUAAAGGCGAGGUGGACCGCUCACUGCCCCUCCCACAGAGGCUCACUUGGGACAUCCCCUCAGAGGUUCAGGCUCAGGUCAACAGCUCUCUGGCCGUUGCCCAGGCGCUUGCCGAUGAUGUCGACUGCCAUGUGUUUCCCUUCAGAGAUUUUGGAAAAGGACGGAUAAAGAAGCUCCGCAUCAGCCCUGAUGCGUUCAUCCAGAUCGGCUUACAGCUGGCAUACUACAGGGAUCGUGGUGGAUUCUGUCUGACCUACGAGGCAUCAAUGACCCGUCUGUUCAGGGAGGGCCGGACGGAGACUGUGCGAUCCUGCUCCAAUGAGAGCUGUGCCUUCGUGAAAGCUUUCGAGGAUGGAGAGGCAGCGGAGCACUGUAGGCAACUCUUCAAACAGGCUUCAGAGCGACACCAGAACCUUUACCGCAUGGCUAUGACUGGUGCUGGGAUCGACAGACACCUCUUCUGCCUCUAUGUGGUCUCCAAAUACUUGGGGGUUGAGUCACCCUUCCUUAAAAAGGUUUUGUCUGAGCCUUGGCGUCUCUCCACCAGUCAGACCCCCGUUCAGCAGAUGGAACUGUUUGACCUGAAGAACCACCCAGACUACAUAUCUCUUGGAGGAGGGUUCGGGCCUGUUGCUGAUGACGGUUAUGGUGUGUCAUACAUCAUUGUGGGUGAGGAUAUGAUCAACUUCCAUGUGUCCUCCAAAUACUCCUGCACUGAUACCGACUCACACAGGUUUGGAGCUCAGAUAAGUAAGGCUCUCCAAGACAUCAUGACUGUCUUCUCUACUGACACCAAAACCCCCAAAGGCCCAGCCCAGCCUCAGGCCAAGAAGCUCCUGUGAAAGUGUCUGACCAAUGGGAACAAAGAAGCCCCUCUGGACGUCUAAGCUGAGUGUAGAAGAGCAUGUUGUCUUGAAUUUCUAAACUGUUAUGUGAAGUGUUUAUUAAAGUGACAAAUUGGAUAUAAUGAGUAAAAUGAAAGGGAAAUCACAGUCUACAUCUCUCACCGUAUUUAGACACAAUAAAAACUGUUUUCAGACUGCGCUCAGACAGAGACAAACAUUGAGUGAAAACGCAGUGAGCUGCAGGUUGUUUAUCUCACAUCAACAACCUGCAGCAGCAUUUGAACUUUAUUUCAACUCGGUAAAAAAAUAGAAACAUGUAGACAGUAUGCGCAAUAGAGCGCUGGAACACAUCACCUGAGAGUUAUGAUUUCCAUUCUUCCCUGAAAAAAAAAAAACUGUCAGCAGGAACUAAUGAAACUAUAUGACAGCUCUUUGGCAUUAAUGCGAAUACUUAUAUGAAUGUUUGUUUGUUCUUGAGUUUUGUGAGUCGUUUCUUAUCUGUCAGAGAUUAAGCUUGGCAACAUGUUAAUGCAAAAUGCUUCCGAUCCCUACUUUCUUAGAGUAUAUGAAACCAAUGAUGCGCCAUUUUUAAGAAAGAGGGAGCGGAGGUCGUCACUUAAGAAGGAAGUCUUUCGGAGAAAAAUAUAAGCAGAGAAAUGGGGAAAAUUGUCUCCUGCAACAGUGGGAAAAGCAUUAGGCUGCUUGUAGUCAAAGUUUUAAUAAAAAGGGAUAACCUUGCAAUAUGUUAUUAAUGGAGACCACAGAGUGCAUGUCAUAGGCCCUUGCUAAAAGCUUUGGGAAAAUGUCAAAUAUAAGAGGUUAACAAGACUAAAGUAGGAAUCUCUAUGAAUCUUUAAUUUUUUAGAGCCUGACCGAUUAAUCAGCCAGCCGUUAAUAUCGGCCGAUAUUAGCUUAUCCAGUAACUAUCAGUGUCUGCUAAUUUCAUCACACAUAUGCGCUGAUAUAGCUUGAUCUGAUCACCAGUCAAAAAGCAUUUCAUUUGGGUAUCGUUGUAUUACACUAGCAGUUCUUUUUCUGGUUGUCAUCAGCAGAGUGUGCUAUAUGAAUUACACAUGUACGUACAUGCGCAGUUACAUUCAGGAUGAGUGACCGUCUUGUCUACGUUAAACUAUAUCUGUAUUUAUCAAUCUCUACAGAUUGAACAUAGAUCGAAGAAAUAUAUCGGUCGGUAUAUCGGUAUCUGAUUUUUUUCCUCUCCCCAAUGUAUCUCCCCAGUGCGAUACAGAUCUUCUGAGGUUAUCCUUCUUACUCGGUGCUUCACCUCGUGCCUCAGCCUGCCUGUAAAACCUGACACCAGUCUAAUCGACUCGUUGCCUUACACUACUCCACUGUGACUCAUUCACUAUGUUGUCACAUAAUAUCUAGUCCAAUAAGUGAUGGAGCAGCGCUCUCAGGCUUUCAACUAUUUGGAUUUUGAACCUCUUGCAAUCAAAUCAGCAAAGCUACGAUCAGUAAGAGGUGGACAGCUCUCUUUGUGGUUACACUAACUGUUAAUGGCUCUUAUUUUCUAGGUCAGUUAUACAGCUGCUGUUUUAACUCUUGGUAUAUAAUGAGGUUUAAACUUUUUUUGAUGAAUUUUUGGGUAUUUUAGUUUUAGCUAAAAGUAAAAAAUGCUACCAUAUCUAAAUACUCUAGACAAAGUAAAAGUCCUGCAUCAAAAAAUAAUUUAAAAGUGACAAACCUUUUCCUCUGAAAUAAAGUAAAGAAAAGGUAAAAAAAAAAAGAAAAAGAGAAGAAGCUAAAGUACUCAUAUUAUUAGCAUACCAUCACCUAAAAUGUGUGCCUCAGUCUAGUACAUGUUUGUGUUUGCUUCAGUUCACCCUCUGGUUUAUUGUCCUUAUCAAAUGAAUCUUUAAGACGCCAAUGUUUGUUUAUCAGUUUCUUUGAGACUCUGCAUUGCAGUGGUUUGAAACUGAAAGUGUCUAAAAGGGAGAGUCUCUGACUCGUUGUUUCUGGCGAUGACUUUGGGCUUUAAGUUUAGGGACCCUGUGCAAGCUGGCAGCCUGCCAACACUUUUUUUUUCUUACUAAGCUUUGUGUUGUAAUAGUGCAGUGUUCAAACAAGAGCCCUGGGAACAGUUGAUACAUGAAGAAUGUUGAGAGUUUCUGUCAGUAUGCUACAUUUAGAUUCAUCAAAAACCUCAUGACUUUUAGAAGUUUACUUUGAGUUAAUGAAGAAACGGUCAACAAUUCAAGAACUUCCUCUCAUGACACAAAUUGAUUUCAAAAUUGGACAACCCUUAAAAAUUCAAUAUUUUUCUUUCCAGCCAGUUUUUGAUCAUGAUCAGGUGAUAACCUAACUGUGAAGUUCAGUUUAUUGAUGGAUAGCCCCUUGAGUUGAACCAUCUCGUUUUUUUAGGGGGUCCAUACCUAACAACUCAACUCUCAGAGGUUUAUUUAUAAAUGUGUUGAUUUUUUUAGUGAAUUCCCCUGCUCCUCAGACACAGUUGUGAUUUACUGCUGUUGAAAGAAACCCACCCAAGGUGUGGCAUUGCUCUUUCUGUCACUGAUCCUGGUAAGUAAUUGUAGUUUUCCAGGUGGAAAGUGAAAGGGAGAAAAGGCUUCUGCUAACUAUUCCACUUUAACACAGACAGACAGCAGUAUGCACUACUACACAAAUUGCUCCAACAUGAAACAGAGCACCUCUGAUUCUUUAGAAGAUAUUUUUAAACUUUCUGAUGAUGAUGAAAAUCCUUUGUUUGUAAGGUUUGGCAUUGCACACGUGUGCCUGAGUUCAUUCAUUCAAUAAAACAAUUAAAAUGCAAUCUCUAAUCCUCUCUGUGUGUGUAGAUGAGAAUGUACUAAAGUUACUCAGUUUAUAUUGUCACUGUCAAGAUGUGCUGCCAUGGGCAAGGAGGUAGUGGUUAAAUAAAAAAGAUCAAGUUAACUAUUAACCCCUGAAUAUUCAGAGACUUAGAAACACUUCAUGGUGGCUUGUUUUACUAAGGCGGAUAUAAUCUUAAACUACAUCUCUGUUCAUGUUUCCAACUCUUGGCUCCAGUAUUGAGCUGUACUCGGCUUGUUGGCAUAAUAUUUUAUUAACGUCAGACCACAUGUGGCUUCUCAGGUUCAACAUUUAGCGGCUCAUUUCCCAAACUGUUGACUGCCAGAGCAGCCAUAUUUUAUGACCAGCAACAAGUCAUGUACAUUGUAUUCAGAAAUACUUUUUAAAGGAAAUUUCUUAAGGGUAUACAUACAACUUGUCUACCUUACUAAACUUGUGACUUCUAAAACAUUCUGUGAGUGGAGGCAGAAUAUGCCGCCUGUUCUUUUUCUAUUUUCCACAGUGUUACUACUUUGUUACUCUGACAUAAUGAAGUCAGGUUUUCUGUUAGGUGAAGAGAGAUUAAUUCAGAAUCUGGACGUCAUUGAAUAGCAUUGAAUCUUUGGCCAUGGCCCAAAUCUUUUUUUUUUUUUUUUUAAAUCGGUCAAACAAAAGAAAAUCAAUGUCCUCUUCAGCAAAUUACACAAAUCAAAUGUAUUCACUUUGUCUGUUUAGAAAGGACUUCUUAUAAUGUCUGUGCAUUUAAGAUUUCACUGCUGCGGUCAUUAAGUGUGAUACAGAUCUUCUGAGGUUUUCACUCUUACAUUCACUAUGUUAUCACAUAAUAUCUAGUCGAAGAAGUGAUGGUACAGCGCUCUCAGGCUUUCAACUAUUUGGAUAUUGAGCCUCUUUCAAAAACGAACAGCAAGAUCAGUGAGAGCUUGACUGUUCUCUUUGUGGUUACACUAACGGUUAACGUAAGGACUCUUUUUCUUGCUUAGUGGACUCCAGGUUCUUUUUUUUUGUAAUCUUUUUUUUUGUAGGUCAGUUCUACAACGUCUGUCAUAACUCUUGGUUAAUAGUGACAUUUAAACAUUUAUGAUGAGUUUGUGGGUAUUGUAUUUUUAAAUGAUAUCCAAUGUUUACUUGUUUUUACACUCCAAAAUAUGCUUAUUAUUAUUAUUAUUGCUGUUUAUUGUCUUUCAUUCAAAUACUUUUUUUUUUAAAUGUCUGCUGGUUUUGAGAAGAAGGCCUUUUUGUAAUGCUGUGUGAAAUAAAAACUAACUGAUCCUA